GGCGAUGUGCAAAAAGCUCACUCAAGUGUUUUCUGCGUCUCUUCCGGUUCCAGCGGAACAGCGAGCUUUCCUUUCCCCGUGCCCUCACGGACCACGACGCGUCCGAACAAAAUGGCACUUUAUAAUUUCAAGAAGAUUAUGGUGGUUCCCACCGCCAAGGAAUUCAUUGACAUCACUUUAUCCAAAACUCAAAGGAAGACGCCCACGGUGGUCCACAAACAUUACCAGAUCCACCGUAUCCGACACUUUUACAUGCGAAAGGUGAAGUUCACCCAGCAGAACUACCACGAUCGCCUCUCGCAGAUCCUCACUGACUUCCCCAAGCUCGAUGACAUCCAUCCCUUCUAUGCUGACCUCAUGAAUGUGUUGUAUGACAAAGACCAUUACAAGUUGGCCUUAGGGCAAAUAAACAUCGCCAAGAACCUCAUCGAUAAUGUUGCCAAAGACUACGUGCGUCUGAUGAAGUAUGGAGAUUCUCUGUACCGGUGUAAACAGCUGAAGAGAGCUGCUCUGGGUCGUAUGUGCACCAUCCUGAAACGACAGAAGUCCAGUCUGGAGUAUCUGGAGCAGGUGCGUCAGCAUUUGUCCCGGCUGCCGACCAUCGACCCCAACACGAGGACCCUGCUUCUGUGUGGGUACCCCAACGUUGGCAAAUCCAGUUUCAUCAACAAGGUGACCAGAGCAGAUGUUGACGUACAACCUUACGCUUUCACCACCAAAUCUCUGUUUGUGGGUCACAUGGACUAUAGAUAUCUCCGCUGGCAGGUGGUGGACACCCCUGGCAUCCUGGACCACCCCUUGGAGGAGAGGAACACCAUCGAGAUGCAGGCCAUCACAGCUCUGGCUCACCUGCGAGCCGCCGUUCUCUACGUCAUGGAUGUAUCUGAGCAGUGCGGCCAUACCCUGCAGGAGCAGCUGGAGCUCUUCAGCAGCAUCAGGCCCCUCUUCACCAACAAGCCGCUCAUCAUUGUGGCCAACAAAUGCGACGUGAAGAAGAUCAUCGAGCUAACCGAGGAGAACCAGAAAAUCUUUGCAGACCUGGCUGCUGAGGGCGUCCCUGUGAUUGAGACGAGCACUCUGACUGAGGAGGGAGUCAUGCAGGUUAAAACUGAGGCCUGUGACCGGCUCCUGGCUCAUCGCGUUGAUGCCAAGAUGAAGGGCAAGAAGGUCCACGAUGUUCUGAACCGGCUCCACCUGGCCAUGCCCACAAAGCGAGAUGAGAAGGAGAGGCCUCCGUUCAUCCCAGAGGGAGCCUUGAUGCGCAAGAAGGCCAUGGAGGUGGAUGCACCUAAACGCAAACUGGAGAGAGAUCUGGAAAUGGAGCUUGGUGAUGACUACGUUCUAGACCUGCAGAAAUACUGGGACCUGAUGAACGAUGAUGAGAAGCACGAUAAGAUCCCUGAGGUGUGGGAGGGUCACAACAUUGCAGAUUACAUUGACCCUGACAUCAUGAAGAAAUUGGAGGAUCUGGAGAAGGAGGAGGAGCUGAAGGAGCGAGCUGGGGAGUAUGACUCCGACGACGAGAGCGAGGAUGAAGAGAUGCAGGAGAUUCGUGCUCUGGCCCGACAGAUCCGUCAGAAGAGGAACCUCAAGAUAAUGGAGUCGAGAGAGAAAGAUGUGCACGGGCCUCGCAUGCCCAGAACCGCCACUAAGGUUGAAAGGAAGAGGCUGGAGAAGGAAAUGUCCGACCUCGGUCUGGACAUGAACAACAAGGAUGACAGCCACUACGUGCAACAGGCCCGGCGGUCCCGCAGCGUCGCUAAGAAACGCAAGCGUGAAGCUUCGGCAACUCCAACCUCCAGGACCCGCAGCCAGAGCGCCUCCCGUCCGCCACGGGACCAGUCCGGCCUACGAGAUCCGAAGAUGGUAAAGAAGGCAAAGACGAUGAUGAAGAACUCCCAGAAAGACAUGAACCGCCAAGGCAGGAAGGGAGAGUCCGACAGACACGUGUUUGACCUCAAACCCAAACAUCUUCUGGCUGGGAAGAGGAAGUCAGGUUCCACAGACCACAGAUAAAGCUGCUCUUUCUGGACUCCUGUGUAGCAAAGUCUGUUUUUGUCUUUCUUCUGUGCAGUAAAACUAUAAACCUUUCCCUGUACUUAAGAAAAUAUUGAUCACAGUAUGUUACAACUGGUUCUGUGGCAUCGCAGCCUGUAACGCUGCUGGAGAAAUGCAGAAACCCAUUCAAAGGAUUACUUCUAAUAAAGUCUCAUGUCAAACUCAGAGUGGAAAGAUGUCAAAAAACAGAACUGUAUGUGAAAGCAGAGACUCCAGCUAUGGGACACCCUGAUUGCUAGUGGAUCUGAUUAGUGGGUGAUUGGCAGCUGUGAGGUGGGAACCUUUUUGCCUUAUCAUGACACAGAAGGUGCUGCGUUCCUCUGAUGAAGCACAGAUUUUUUCCUGAUUUGAAAGAAUGCUUAACAAAGAGCUAAAUAAACCUCAAUCCUAACUCAA